GCUUAUUAGGUGAGUAUUUAAACUAAUAAAAUCUGAACUAAUUUGUAGUUACCACGCCCGUCUUGGAGAUUAUUGAAGGACCAUCAAAUGUGGGAUACCAGGUCAGCCAUCUUGAAUUCUAUCACACCAGAUCUCCCAUUUAUUCCCAUGGUGGGUUUGCAAACUGAUGAUCUUUGUCUGAGAAACUGGCUCUCGGCUUCUUCCUACAAAACAAUGAACCAGGGUGAAACAGGUGUUCUUGUUGUAGAUAGGGCUACGUUUAUAGGUGAUUCCUCAUCGGUUGGUAAUUCCCAAUUCUGGGAAAACCCUCAAAAAGAAAUAAAUACAACUGUAAAUCGACUCCAGCAGAGAGAGAUUUAUUCUCCCCACUCAUGCGCCACGUGUCCAUCACGCAUAGAUCAUGUUUACGAUACCGUGGCAACAGAUUCUUUAACAAGACAUAAUAAUCCACUAGCAGGACGAAAUAACGCCGAAGAAUUCUCACAACCUGAAAACAGACCAAUAAAAAAGAUUCAUAAAAUUGAAUCAGUAUCCAAAUGCUGCGAUCAUGCCUUUGAAAGCUCCACCAUGUUUCCUUCUCUAGGCUCUCGUCGUACACAACACCUCGCACCGUUAUUUCCAGAAGGCUAUUUACACUCCCAAAUGGCUUAUAGUGGAAUAAGUAGUCCUAUGGACUCGGACUUGUCUGACAGUAGCCUAGAGCACGAGCGGUAUGAAAUAUCGUCCUCUGUUAGCCCUGACCUUGUUAGCACGUCCAGUGUUGAUGUAGAACCCGAUAGCCAAGCGCUACAGAGCCUGCCUAACUUGCACACUUGGGAAGGCAGGUCAGCUCCAACAUUUUCUCACGUGCUCAAGUAUCCCAGUGACAAUACUGUUUUGAAUUCUGGUCAUGGGGAGGACACACGAAAGGGUCGAGAGUCCUAUCGUCCAACUGAAGAUAAACGUGAUCAUGAAAGAUGAUAGGUACUUUUUGUAAUAGCUGAACGUGAAAGCUGUGCACAAGGAAGCUAAAACCAUUCGUUUGUGGCUAGUCAGUAUUUUGUGUAGUGUCUUACUACUGUAUAAUAUGUAGUAUGGUGAUAUUCUCGUUCUCAAGGUGCUUGGUAAGGUGAUCUUGUUUACUUCGUGUAAAUAACGAUGUUCAUUUCAGUGGCAAAGUAAGUUUGUGCUAUUUCUUAGACUUUGUGUUUUAGUGAUUGAAAGAGACAUUUUUCCCCAUUUUUAAACCGAGUUUUUUUAUAUAUGUUGUGAACUUUACACCUGAACUUUGUCGUUUGCACCGCUUAUGUGUUUCCGUUUAUUUUUUAUAGUAUUAAAUAUCUUGGAAAUAACAUUUAAAUAUCUUUCGCAAAAGUGGAUAAACCUUACAGUUAUGAUUAAAUAAAAAUAUAUAUUAUGAAAAAAAGAACAAGAAAGCAAAUAUGACAUCCAAGCAUUAUCCAUCUUGACCUGAAACAUUAACUGAGUUUUGUUGUGCAGUACUACAGGCGAUUGUUUUGGAUUUUAGCCUUUCAAAUAUUAACUAUGGACUAGAUAUUCUGAAGAGUUAGAUAAAAUACUUAAUUAUAAUACGAAAUAGUUUGAAAUAAUCUUGAUGAGUAUGCAAACAAGCUAAUCGCUCAGUUAUUGUGAAACGUUUUUCGACAGAUAUAAAAUAGACAAACUAAAAUUUAUUAGGAAAGGUAAUAGCUUAAACUGUUUUUUAUCACUAUUUUUCCACACUAAAUACUACAAAAAAUGAUAUGUAUAUGUAUAUAGGCUUCCAAAAGUUUUUACACUGAGCGAGACCUUUAGUGGUCAAAAGGAACUAACAAUAUUCGAAAUAUUCGACGAGAUUCAUACUAGACGUCAUAAGAAUGAAUAACAAAUUUAUAUAUCAUUCAUCUAAAGCACUUAAAUAAAGUAUUAUAGUGUAAACAAAUGAUUAAAGGGAUUAUACAACCACAAGCUCGCGUUUACAGCAGAACUCAUAUAUUUGAAAUAUUAAAUGCAUAAUGAAAAAAAAUUGUAGAAAGAUGAAAGAGUUACGUUUUAGUA